AUGGAUUUCGAUCAACCUAUUGAAAUUGUCAAAGGUGACACCCCGAGUUCCUAUGAUUUCCACGAAUUUUAUCGCGUCGCCAUGCACGUGAAGUUCGAUAGACGGACGUUUUGCUUACCUUCUUCGGUUACGAUACGUCAGACUACUGAUGACGAGGUUGCCCUUCCGCCGCACUGUCGCGUUUACUUCAUUUCCUAUCCACGACACGAGAAUCUUGGUCGAUUUCAGCCUACCUUGUUCUGUGCGGAUGUGUCGGAAAAUGUGGCUCCCCAGACUGAGAUCCCCUGGUUUCAACUGGUCCCGGAUGAUUUUCGUUCAGAAAGGUGA